UUUUUUUCUUAUUGGGGGGGUUGUUAAAAAAUAAAUAUAAGAGGGCGGCCAUCUUUGUUGCUGUGCCUGGUGUAAAAUAUUCCAAAACGCCCCCCACUUUUUCCUGGGCCGAUUUGAAUAUUAAAUAAAUAUCAUAUAUUCGGGGGGAGAACAGGCCCUUUUUGUUGUUUUUUUAAUGAUUAUUUUUUUAAACACACGGACUGCUCCAAUGACAGGAAAAUAAUGUCCUCGCCUCUCCGGUCCUGCGAGGAAGACGAGGACAUGGUGGUUAAUUCCGAGGGAGGAGAUUUUGAUGAAGACGACGGAGACCUAGACGAGAUCGCCAGCGACACAAACUCGCCGGCGGCGCCUCGAGACACCGCACGAGCCGCCGCGCCAGAAGAAGAGGAGGAGACAUCAGAAAGGGAGACACCGUGCAGGAAGAAAGGACGGCCCAAGAAGAAGAAGGACAUAAAGAAAAAAGAAAAAGAGGGGAAACCUCUCAAACCAAAAAAACGCAAAAAGAUAGACAGUGAUGUAGAGAGAGACUCGGAUAGAGAACGAGACUACGCUGACAAUUCAGAUAGUGUCGCCAGUGACUAUGGAUCUGGUGAGAAAAAGAAAAAGAAGAAACAUAAAGAAAGGAAAGAGAAGAAAACGAAGAAGAAGAAAAAAGAUGACGUGGACCGAGACAGCAGUCAGGAAGAAACAACAAAGCAACCAAUAGAACAGAAGACCUCAGCCCAGCUGGCAAAGGAGUGGGGUCUGGAGGAUGUUGACCAUACCUUCACGGAGGAGGACUACAGGGAGCUUACAAACUACAAAGCCUUCAGCCAGUUCAUGAGGCCUAUGAUAGCCAAGAAGAACCCAAAGAUCCCAAUGUCAAAGAUGAUGACCAUCCUGGGGGCCAAGUGGAGGGAGUUCAGCUCUAACAACCCCUUCAAAGGCAAUGCUGCUGCCGUUGCCGCGGCAAGAUGCGGCGCUGCCAUAGCUGUUGCUGAGCAGGUCUCUGCAGCUGCUGCCUCGCCAGAGCCACCACCGCAGCCGCCACCUAUCCGUAAGGCCAAGACAAAAGAGGGCAAAGGGCCAGGAUACAAGAAGCGCAGUAAAAGCCCUCGAGUCCCAGACAAGAAGAAGGCUGCAGUGUUAGCCAAGGCUAAAAAAAUGGCACCCAUUCGUAUCAGACUGGGACCACUCGGCACCAAGAGGAAGAAGAGCUGCUCGAGCGACGACAUGGACGAGGACGAGUCGGAGCAGGAGGACUCCAGCGUUCACAGCUCCUCCGUUCGCUCCGAUAGCUCCGGCCGUGUGAAGAAGAACAAGCGAGGACGGCCCGCCAAGAAGAAGAAGAAAACUCCAGUCCCAGGGGACGAGGACGCUGACGGUUACGAGACGGACCACCAGGAUUACUGUGAGGUGUGUCAGCAGGGCGGCGAGAUCAUCCUGUGUGACACUUGUCCCCGAGCAUACCACCUGGUCUGCCUGGAGCCUGAGCUGGACAAAGCCCCCGAGGGCAAGUGGAGCUGUCCACACUGUGAAAAAGAGGGGAUCCAGUGGGAAGCAAAAGAUGAGGAUUUUGAGGACUUUGAGGAGGACAGCGAGGACCGAGUGCUGUCAGAAGUGGUCCACCACACGGGGGCGGAGGAGGAGGAGGACGACCACAUGGAGUUCUGUCGCGUGUGUAAAGACGGAGGCGAGUUGUUGUGCUGCGACACCUGCACCUCUUCCUACCACAUCCACUGUCUGAACCCGCCACUGCCGGAGAUCCCCAACGGAGAGUGGCUGUGCCCGCGGUGUACGUGUCCGACAAUCAAAGGGCGUGUCCAAAGGAUCCUUCACUGGCGAUGGGGUGAACCGCCGCCUUCCAUUCCAGUGCCCCCUCCUCCUGACGCGCCGCCUGACGCCCUUCCACUGCCACCCAUGAAGGGCAGAGCCGAGCGGGAGUUCUUUGUCAAGCUGGUGGGGCAGUCCUACUGGCACUGUACGUGGAUCACUGAGCUACAGCUGGAGAUCUUCCACUCGGUGAUGUACCGGAACUACCAGAGAAAGACUGACAUGGACGAACCUCCCAGCCUAGACUACGGUUCCGGUGCAGAGGAUGAGAACGGCGUUGGUAAGAGCGAGAAGAGGCGGGCCAAGGACCCGCAGUACGCCAUCCUGGAAGACCAGUACUACAGGUACGGCAUCAAGCCCGAGUGGAUGAUGAUACACCGCAUCAUCAACCACAGUGUGGACAAGAAGGGGAUCUACCACUACCUGGUCAAGUGGAGGGACCUGACCUAUGACCAGUGCACCUGGGAGAGAGACGACAUGGACAUCCCUGAAUUUGCAAUUUACAAAGCCGCUUACUGGAGGCACAGAGACAUCAUCAUGAAGGAGGACGUGGACAAACCCAAGAAGAUGAGGAACAAGAACUUGGAGGGUGAAGACGAGUCUCCUGCAUCACCAGUGAACGACCCAACAAUAAAAUAUGAAGAGCAGCCGGACUUUGUGACAUCGACAGGUGGCACGCUGCACCUGUACCAGCUGGAGGGUUUGAACUGGCUGCGGUUCUCCUGGGCUCAGGGCACUGACACCAUCCUGGCAGAUGAGAUGGGCCUGGGCAAGACCAUCCAGACCAUCGUCUUCCUCUACUCGCUUUUUAAAGAGGGUCACACCAAAGGUCCGUUUCUGGUCAGUGCACCGCUCUCCACCAUCAUCAACUGGGAGCGGGAGUUUGAGAUGUGGGCGCCCGACUUCUACGUGGUGACGUACACGGGCGACAAGGACAGCCGAGCCAUGAUCAGAGAGAACGAGUUCUCCUUCGACGACGGUGCCGUCAAAGGAGGAAAGAAGGCCUUCAAAAUGCGGAGAGAAGUGCCCAUUAAAUUCCACGUUCUGCUGACCUCCUACGAGCUGGUGACCAUCGACCAGACGGCGCUUAAAUCUAUCGACUGGGCGUGUCUUGUGGUGGAUGAGGCUCACCGCUUGAAGAACAACCAGUCCAAGUUCUUCAGGCGCCUGAACGACUACAAGAUCGACCACAAACUGCUGCUGACCGGAACUCCUCUGCAGAACAACCUGGAGGAGCUCUUUCACCUGCUCAACUUCCUCACCCCAAACCGCUUCAAUAACCUGGAGGGCUUCCUAGAAGAGUUUGCCGACAUCUCCAAGGAGGACCAGAUCAAGAAGCUGCACGACCUGCUGGGGCCACACAUGCUGCGGAGGCUGAAGACCGACGUCUUCAAGAACAUGCCUGCCAAGACCGAGCUGAUUGUCCGAGUGGAGCUCAGCCCCAUGCAGAAGAAAUACUACAAACUAAUUCUGACCAAGAACUUUGAGGCUCUGAACUCCAAAGGUGGCGGGAACCAGGUGUCACUGCUGAACAUCAUGAUGGACCUGAAGAAGUGCUGCAACCACCCCUACCUGUUCCCGGUGGCCUCCAUGGAAGCCCAGAAAACGGCCAGCGGCGCCUACGAGGGCUCGGCUCUGACGAAGGCUUCAGGGAAGCUGAUGCUGCUGCAGAAGAUGCUGCGGAAGCUGAAGGAGCAGGGCCACAGGGUGCUGGUCUUCUCCCAGAUGACUAAGAUGUUGGACCUGCUGGAAGACUUCCUGGACUACGAAGGUUAUAAAUACGAGCGAAUCGAUGGCGGAAUCACAGGAGCGCUGAGGCAAGAGGCCAUCGACCGAUUUAACGCUCCGGGUGCUUGUCAGUUCUGUUUCCUGCUCUCGACCAGAGCCGGUGGUUUGGGCAUUAACUUGGCCACGGCGGACACAGUCAUCAUCUUUGACUCGGACUGGAACCCUCACAACGACAUACAGGCUUUCAGCCGGGCGCAUCGCAUCGGGCAGGCCAACAAGGUGAUGAUCUACCGCUUCGUGACGCGCGCCAGCGUGGAGGAACGCAUCACCCAGGUGGCCAAAAGGAAGAUGAUGCUGACCCACCUGGUGGUCCGACCGGGACUCGGUUCCAAAGCCGGCUCCAUGACCAAGCAGGAGCUAGAUGACAUCCUGAAGUUUGGCACUGAAGAACUCUUCAAGGACGAGGGAGAAGGUAUGAAGAACUCAUCGGGGGAUAAAGUUGAGGACGAGGGCAACGUGAUCCACUACGACAGCACCGCCAUCGAGAGGCUGCUGGACCGAAGCCAAGACGCCACGGACGAUUCCGACGUCCAGAACAUGAACGAGUACCUCAGCUCCUUUAAGGUGGCGCAGUAUAUGGUCCGCGAGGAGGACAAGAUUGAAGAGAUCGAGCGUGAAAUCAUCAAACAGGAGGAGAACGUGGAUCCAGAUUACUGGGAGAAACUGCUGCGGCACCACUACGAGCAGCAGCAGGAGGACCUGGCCAGCAAGCUUGGCAAAGGAAAGCGCAACCGCAAGCCCGUCAACUACAACGACGCGGCCCAAGAAGACCAAGAGUGGCAUGCUGACAUUUCCGAUAACCAGUCCGAGUAUUCAGUGGGCUCCGAGGAGGAAGACGAGGACUUCGAUGACAGGCCAGAAGGUCGCCGGCAGUCGCGGCGCCAGUUGAGAAACGAGAAAGACAAACCUCUUCCUCCGCUGCUGGCCAGAGUGGGAGGCAACCUCGAGGUGCUCGGCUUUAACACGCGCCAGCGAAAGGCUUUCCUAAACGCGGUGAUGCGCUGGGGAAUGCCGUCGCAGGACGCCUUCUCCUCACAGUGGCUGGUCAGAGACCUGCGUGGGAAAACUGAGAAGGAAUUCAAAGCGUACGUGUCGCUUUUCAUGCGGCACUUGUGCGAGCCGGUCGCCGACGGCGCCGAGACGUUUGCUGACGGUGUGCCGAGGGAAGGCUUGUGCCGCCAGCCGGUCCUGACCCGUAUCGGCGUCAUGUCCCUGGUUAAGAAAAAGAUCCAGGAGUUCGAGCACAUCAACGGGAGGUGGAGCCUCCCCGAGCUCAAACCUGAAGUCAGCCUGGACAAGUCGUCCUCCCGUGCCUCCUCUCCAGCUGUGAAGACGGCCACGCCCACCCCCGACGCCAGCUACAACAACACGCCCUGCACCUCCAAGCCAGCGACUCCAGCACCGGUGGACAAGCUGGAAAAGAACGGGAAAGAAGGAGAGAAGGAAGAGGAUAAAGAAGAAACUGAAGUGCCAUCAGCGAAGGACAAAGUGAGGGGCGAAAAAGAAAAGAGUGAAGGGAACGAGGUGGAGAGCAACCGGACCGGAGACACUGCAGAGGUUUCCUCCACAACAAAAGAUGCAUCAGAAAAUGGCGGCAGUGAAGGAACGAGUGUCUCCAAAGACGAGGAGAAGAAAGACACGAGUGACAUGUCGGCUGCUGCAGCGGAGGAGAAGAAAGUUCAGGAGGAGGAGCCAAAGCAGUCUCCCCACACCAAAGACGAGAAGUCAGAUGGAGAGAAGGCGGCAGAGGAGAAGGAGAAGCGUCAGGACACGCCCACUGCCACAGAAGCUGCAGACGUCAAGGAGAAGACGGAGGCGGCUGACGUGAAGAAAGAAGAGGUCAAAGGAGAAAAGGAGGCGGGAAAAGAAAACAGAGGAGUCAAGGAGGAGGCGCCCAGAGGGAACGGGAAGCCUCCCGCCGAGCGACCUCGCUUCAUGUUCAACAUCGCUGACGGCGGCUUCACAGAGCUGCACACACUGUGGCAGAACGAGGAGCGGGUCGCCAUCACCUCGGGGAAGAUGAACGAGAUCUGGCAUCGCCGCCACGACUUCUGGCUGUUGGCGGGAAUUGUCAUUCACGGCUACGCCCGGUGGCAGGACAUCCAGAACGAUCCUCAGUUUGCCAUCGUCAACGAGCCGUUCAAGUCGCAGGCCAACAAAGGCAACUUCCUGGAGAUGAAGAACAAGUUUCUGGCUCGGCGCUUCAAGCUGCUGGAGCAGGCCUUGGUCAUCGAGGAGCAGCUGCGGCGGGCGGCCUACCUGAACAUGACCCAAGACCCCAGCCACCCAGCCAUGGCGCUCAACGCGCGCUUUGCGGAGGUGGAGUGUUUGGCAGAGUCGCACCAGCACCUCAGCAAGGAGUCACUGGCGGGCAACAAGCCAGCCAACGCCGUCCUGCACAAAGUGCUGAACCAGUUGGAGGAGCUGCUGAGCGAUAUGAAGGCUGACGUGACCCGCCUACCGGCCACGCUUUCCAGGGUCCCGCCCAUCGCCGCCCGCCUACAGAUGUCUGAGAGGAGCAUCCUCAGCCGAUUGGCCAGCAAGGGCACGGAGACGCACACGCCACCGCCCAUCCCUCCAGGACCCUACGCCACCCCUCAGAACUACGGCGCCCCCUUCACCCCGGCACCCCCAAGCAUACUGCACAUGGGAGGGGCCAACUACAGCCAGAUGCCCCCUGGAUCCUUCAUAUCAGAAGCCGCCGCCGCUGCUGGGGCCGCCGGGGGAGCCGCCGGGGGAGCCACCGGGGGAGCCGCAGGAGGCCCGUCUGCUGCCGGCGUUUGCCAGAAGACCAAGGAGCAUGAUGUGGUGCAGCGGCAGCGUGUGGUGGACCUCUGGAAGGAUGGCAAGUCAGAGGGCGCCAUCGGCCAGGAGCUGAGGAUGCCCAAGUCCACGGUGCACAGCAUCAUCGUCAAGUACAGACUCAGCAACACGGUGGAGAACCUGCCGCGCAACGGACGGCCAAAGAAACCCUGAGAGCAGGAGGAGGGACGUCCGGAUCAAUCAUCCUGGAAUGUAACAAAAGUGGAGACGGGAAGGAGACGGUCCAAGCUGGAACGGCAGGUUUGAUGAAAACCAGAAUGCACGAGUCGGACAAAAAGCCCGAGAAGGACUCAGAGGCGAGCGAGGCCUUUGAUGUGGCUGGAAUGUGAG